CUGACCCUGUCCCCGCGGGAGGGCCAGGAGCGCGGCGGGGCUGCCGCGAAGGCGCCUUGUGGCCCUACGAGGCUUGGGCGAGGCUUGGGCGCCGCCGCUGCGUCUCGAGCCGUCUCGAGCCGGGUCCAGCAGCCAUGGCGCAGUACAAGGCUGAGCAGGACGACUGGCUGAUCGUCUACCUGAAGUAUCUACUCUUCGUCUUUAACUUCUUCUUCUGGGUGGGGGGGGCCGCCGUGGUGGCCGUGGGCGUCUGGACCCUGGUGGAGAAGAGCGGUUACCUGAGCAUCCUGGCCUCCAGCACCUUCGCCGCCUCUGCCUACAUCCUCAUCUUCGCAGGCACCUUGGUCAUGGUCACCGGCUUCCUGGGCUUCGGGGCCAUCGUCCGGGAGGACAGAAGCUGCCUGUGCACCUAUUUCUGCCUCCUGCUGGUGAUCUUCCUCGUUGAGCUGGUCGCAGGGGUCCUGGCCCACGUGUACUACCAGAGGCUGAGUGACGAACUGAAGCUGCACUUGACCCACACUCUGGCCGAGAACUACGGACAGCCCGGAGCAGCUGAGAUCACCUCUUCAGUGGACCGACUGCAGCAAGAUUUCAAGUGCUGCGGGAGCAGCAGCUUGGCCGACUGGCAGCUGAGUGCCUACAUCCUGUCGCAGGAGGCCCAGGGCCGCCGGGUGCCCGACAGCUGCUGCAAGACGGUGGUGCCGCGCUGUGGCCUGCGGGCCCACCCCUCCAACAUCUACAAGGUGGAGGGAGGCUGCAUCACCAAGCUGGAGCAGUUCCUGGCUGACCACCUGUUGCUCAUGGGCGCGGUGGGCAUCGGGGUGGCCUGCCUGCAGGUGAGCUGGAGGGGGGAGUGA